AUGCCUCGUCCUCUGAAGUCCAAUCCCUCCGAGAGCUGCAAGAUCGCCUCCUUGUCCACAUCCGAAGCCUGGCAUCGUUGGACGUCGACGGUGACAGAUGUAGUACAGUGUGUGCUGAGUGUGGUGGGCGACAUAAUGUGGUGUGCUGCUUCAGGAUUCAUGGAGGGGGUGUGCAGCGCUAUCAGAGUUCCAGUCAUCUGCCUGCCUCUGCAGCGCCCGCUCUUGCCUCCUGAUGUCCUCCAGUCCUUCAGCCAUCUGGAGUUGGCUGAUCCUCCGUCCGACAGGCAGCUGUCUGUGGACCUGCUGGUAGGGCUGGACAGCUACUGGGACUUCAUCCGACAAGGUGAGAUCAGGCUGAGCGGGGGACCCGUGGCUCAGGAAACCUCCCUGGGGUGGGUCAUCUCAGGCAAGGUAAGUGGUCAGUCGUCUGGUGGCGUCACCAGUCAGCUGCUAUGUCUCGGAGACAUUCACGAGCACUCUCUUCGCCGGCUGUGGUCUCUCGAGGGCAUCGGCGUCUGUGACUCGGAUGAUGCAGAGCAGGACCAGGUUUUGAAGGAGUUCAGCUCCUCGGUGGUGAAGGCUGAUGGCAGGUAUCAGGUCGCCCUGCCGUGGAAGGCAGGUGCCGCCGAGCACCUGAUGGACAACCGACCCGCCGCCGAGGCGCGUCUGCAGGGUCUGUCGCGCCGCUUGGCGAGGGAUCCGGAGCUUGGGGCAGCAUAUUCUGAGGCGCUGCAGGAAAUGGAGAGCGCGGGCGUCAUUGAGGAGGUGCCCAGUCACCAGCUGGACGUCUCGCGCCCGACGUUCUAUCUGCCACAUCGCCCUGUCGUUAAAGAGUCUAGCGAGUCGACAAGGCUAAGUCUCAAAGUGGAAGACAGGGACGUCCACAGGUUUCUGUGGGUCCACGAGGGAAGAACACGUGUGAUGCGCUUUCGCAGGGUAACGUUCGGCGUGAGGAGCAGCCCGUUCCUGCUAAACGCUACUAUCCGGCAUCACCUGUCCAAGAGCGCUCCGUCCAGGGCUGUACGUGAGAUGGCCGAGAACUUUUACGUCGACGAUCUGCUGUCUGGUGCCGAUUCCGAGGAGGAGGCUAGCUCGCUGCUUAGUCAGGCUCAGGACGUGAUGGCUGGAGCGGGAAUGACUUUGACAAAGUGUGUCUCCAACAGCGCAGUUGUAUUUGACAAGACUCACGCCGCUAACGGCUCUGGCGAGCGUGAGAGCUCCAAGGUUCUGGGAGUCAUGUGGCGCAGCGGUGAGGACGUGUUCUCGUACGAGGGCCUCACCGUCUCCGCUGAUGUAACGCCGACCAAACGUGUGGUGCUCAGUUGUAUUGCCCGGCUUUUCGACCCGCUGGGGUUCGUGGCUCCGUUUGUGAUGGUGGCCAAGAGUCUGUUCCAAGAGCUUUGGCAACUGGGGCUCGCCUGGGAUCAGGUCAUCCCGGCGGACCGUAGUCAAAUCUUUUCAGAUUGGCUGAGAGGUGUUGACUCGCUGAAGCAGCUGCGGAUACCGCGCUGCUACUCGACUUCCGGCUGGCGACACGGUGAGGGUGUGUCCCUACACGCCUUCGGUGACGCUUCUCCCAGAGGGUACGGAGCGGUUGUGUACCUCCGUACAGCCAGGCCUGAUGGUUCCGGCGAGGUCAGACUGGUGCUGGCAAAGGCGCGGCUCGCGCCGUUGAAGCGAGUGACGGUGCCGCGACUCGAGCUGCUGGGCAGCCUACUGGCAGCUCGCCUCGUCGCUCUCGUGCGCCAGGCACUGAGACUUCCCGAGGACACGGUAAUCAGGUGCUGGUCGGACUCGAUGAUUGCGCUGGGCUGGAUAAGGGGAGAUCCACAGCGCUGGAAGCAGUUUGUGGCCAACAGAGUGCGUUCCAUUCAGAGUCUGACGACUCCGUCCGACUGGGGCCACUGUCCGGGGGAUGAGAACCCUGCUGACUUGACGACUCGAGGGGUGUCGGCUGCGGAACUGCUUGAAUCCGAGCAGUGGUGGAGCGGCCCGAGCUGGUUGGCCUCUCCUCGGGCUCGGCCCGACAGUGGCGAGGCUUGUGAUGAGCCGACUGAGUCUGGUCAGGUGACUAGUGUCCCAGUGGAGGUCAGAUCAGAGACAGCGGAGGCCGUUGGCGGCAGCUGUCUGGUGGCUGGUACAGGUGAGCAGCCUGUGUUCUGCACGACCCGCUGGUCGUCUUUAUCGAAGGCGGUCAGAGUCGUGGGCUGGGUGCGCAGGUUUUGUAACAACGCGCGAAACGCGCGUCAGAAGUGCGCCCUUCCCGACCUGUCCUCUGAUGAGGUCGUGUCUGCCCGGCUGGUGCUGCUACGGGAGGAGCAGCGGCUGGCGUUCGCUGCUGAGCUGAAAGCGCUGCAGCAAGGCAAAGAGGUUGCGAGGAGCUCGAGCGUGCACUCGCUGACUCCAUUCCUCGAUGGUGAUGGACUUCUGCGGAUCAGAGGCCGGCUGCAGCAGUCCGACUUGUCCUAUGAUGAGCGGCAUCCGAUUCUGCUUCCCAAGGGAUGGGUCGCCGAGCUGCUGGUUCGGGACCAGCACCGCCUGAUGAAUCACUGCGGUGUAUCUACGCUCAUCUCCGCUGUCCGAGCAGCGUACUGGAUAGUGGGUCUGCGCUGCCUCGCUAAGCGAGUCAAGCGCUUCUGUGUUAGUUGUAAGCGGCAGGAUGCUCUAGCCUGCAACAAACCGGCGGCGCCGCUGCCGCGUGACAGAGUGACCCGAGCGCCACCGUUCGCCGUCACAGGGGUGGACUUUGCGGGGCCCAUUUUCGCUGUAGAUUUUCCGCGUCGCAAGUUUUACGUGUGCCUCUUUACCUGCGCUGUGACGCGCGCGGUUCAUCUUGAGCUCACAGCAUCUUUGUGCCAAGCAGAGUUCUUGAUGGCCCUCAGGCGGUUUGCGGCCCGAAGGGGACUCCCGUCCGUUAUUUACUCCGAUAACGCGCGGACGUUUUGUGGAGCCGACGCGAUGCUGACGCGCUACUUUGGACACCUCGCUCCCAAGUGGAAAUUAAUUGUGCCGCGCUCACCGUGGUGGGGCGGCUGGUGGGAGCGACUGGUUCGCACGGUGAAGGUGGGUCUGCGGAAGUCGUGCGGGUCCAGAUGUCUCUCUCGCACCGAGCUGGAGACGGUGCUCCUUGAGGUUGAGGCCUGCAUCAAUUCCCGACCGCUCACUCCGGUGACCGACUCAUUGGAGGGUGACAGUCCGCUGACGCCCUCCCAUUUUUUGACGGGACGCGGCACAGGCUUUCAGUCGAGAGUGCUCGAGGAUCCGGAGGCAGUGAACGCCAAGAUGCUUUGUGACAGAGCGCGUGCGGCGGUGGCGGCGGAAGCGGUGGAGACGGCUCCUGUGACUGCUGCUGUAGCCGAGGACCUGGCUGCGCCGGUGGCUGCUGCUGCUGCUGUGGUCGCCGCUGAUACUGUUGGGGCCGAGCGCGUCCAGAAUUGCGCUUUUGUCGCAUUAUUUUAG